UACUAACAUAAUAAUAAUAAUAAUAAUAAUAAUAAAUUACAGCAAAGCAAAGAUGAAUAAGAUUAAGGUGCCAUUUAAUGAUGCUCUCUAAAGACUCCAAGGUGGGAAAGUGCGAGUGCUUUGUUUGUUACUGCAAAUAUUCCCAUGUUCCAGGCUCUAACGAGGAACCUCACGUAUAAAUUUAUGUGUAGGUUAAAGUGACAACCAAUAAUAUUACUGACAUCUAGAAAUGUUGGAAGAGCCAGCUGUAUGUAUUUUAAUUCUAUCUGACCUUACGUAACUGUAGGUUGUUUGUGUGUGUGUGUGUGUGUGUGUGUGUGUGUGUGUGUGUGUGUGUGUGUGUGUGUGCUGGUGGGUUUAUAUAUGAAUGUAGUGUAUUGUGGGUGUGUGUCUGUGUACAGUUUGGACCCCGAGUCUGUAAAAUAAAGUAAUAAUAAUCACAAUCAUAAUAAUAAUUAUUGUACAACCAUAAACGAAAAUAUGUUUGUGCAUGUAUGUAUAUGUGUGUUAUGCAUAUGUGUAUAAACAUUUAUAUUGAGUAUACGUACUAGAUAUCUAUGAUGCGUAUAUGUAUGUAUGUAUGUACAUAUGUGUGUGUAUAAGUGUGUGUACAUGCAUAUGUAUGUAUGUAUGUGUGGAUAUAUUUUUGUAAGCACUCCAAAGGUGAUAUUAAAAAAAAAAAACACGUGAUUAUGUAAAACAAUUGGGGUAGGAAUCCAUUAGUUUUUUAAACUUCAUCCUACUCCUUUUGAGCACCAGGUCCCAAAUAUGUUCAUGUCCAUAUCACUGUUUUUAUUAUUGUUUUUGAAUUUUGUUGUACCUGGCUCAAACAAAUAAAAUAAAUAAAAUGAAAUGAAAAAUAAUAUAGUAAUUUAAAUUCUCUGGAUAUAAGCUGUGGGUUAUCUGUGUUUGAAACUUGAAUCUUGUUGAUUAUGCCUGCAGCACUCUACCAAAAACAGGAAGGAUACAGAAAAGGAAGGAGAAUGAGCGCCAGGAAGCAGCUAAGGGUAGCAGACCUCUUAAUGCGUGGCUAAAACCAAGACUUCAUACACUGUCACGUGCUGAAAGGAAAUGGAUUCAAAUAAAAAGAGACAAUCAGCAGAGUCUGUGAGGAGUGAUGACUCCAAAGGACUGCCCCCAGUUUUCAGUGAUUUCAUUGACCCACGGAGACGAUCAGCAGAGUCUGUGAGGAGUGAUGACUCCAAAGGACUGCCCCCAGUUUUCAGUGAUUUCAUUGACCCACGGAGACGAUCAGCAGAGUCUGUGAGGAGUGAUGACUCCAAAGGACUGCCCCCAGUUUUCAGUGAAUUCAUUGACCCACGGAGACGAUCAGCAGAGUCUGUGAGGAGUGAUGACUCCAAAGGACUGCCCCCAGUUUUCAGUGAUUUCAUUGACCCACGGAGACGAUCAGCAGAGUCUGUGAGGAGUGAUGACUCCAAAGGACUGCCCCCAGUUUUCAGUGAUUUCAUUGACCCAUGGAGACGAUCAGCAGAGUCUGUGAGGAGUGAUGACUCCAAAGGACUGCCCCCAGUUUUCAGUGAUUUCAUUGACCCACGGUCUACAUUGACCUUGAAGAGUGAUGACUCUAAAGGUCUGCCUCCAGUCUUCAGAGAACCACCUUCUACAUUGUCGUUGAAGAGUAAUGACUCUAAAGGUCUGCCUCCUGUCUUCAGUGAACUACCAGCUCCACUAGAUGAGAGCCUAAAGGGAGGGCCUACUCUCACUGAACUGGAUGCCAUAUUCAGGAUUCUGGAGCAGCAGGUCCUGAGUUUUGUCCAACAGCAGCUGCAAAGGCUCCACAGGCUACUGGCCUCAGAUUACCCAGAAUUCUCCGAGGUUGAAGAAGAGGAACUGAGCAGCAGAGAGGCGGUUCUUAACAUCACCCUGGACUUCCUGAAGAGGAUGAACCAGGAGCAUCUGGCCCAGCGCCUGCUAAACAGAAGUUUUGGAGUUUGCAAAGAUAAACUGAAGGUGAAUCUGCUGCAGAGGUACAGCCGUGUGUUUGAGGGCGUGGCUAAAGCAGGAGACUCCGCCUCCCUGACCCAGAUUUAUACAGAACUCUACAUCACAGAGGGCGGAGCCUCAGAGGUCAACCAGGAACAUGAGGUAAGACACAUGGAGGCCAUGUCCAGCAGACCGGCCACUCCAGAGAUCACCGUCCCAUGUGAAGACCUCUUUAGAGCCCACCCACAACCACCACAGCCAGUCAGAUUUGUGUUGACGACGGGUGUGGCCGGCGUGGGGAAAACAGUGCUGACUCAGAAGUUCAGUCUGGACUGGGCUGAAGGCCGGGCCCAUCAGGACUUUCAUCUGCUGUUCCCGUUCACUUUCAGAGAGCUCAAUGUGCUCAGAGACUCACAGUUCAGCCUGGUGGAGCUGCUGCACCACUUCUUCAGUCCAUCCAAAGGUCUCUGCAGCUUCCAACAUCUCCGCGCGCUGUUCAUCUUUGACGGUCUGGACGAGUGCAGACUUCCGCUGGACUUCAGCCAAACCCGGGUCCUGACCGACCCCACAGAGUCCACCUCAGUGCACGUGCUGCUGGUGAACCUCAUCAGGGGGAGCCUGCUUCCCUCCGCUCGCCUCUGGAUAACCACGCGCCCCGCCGCGGCCAAUCAGAUCCCUGCUGAGUGCGUCUCCAUGGUGACAGAGGUCAGAGGGUUCACCAACCCGCAGAAGGAGCAGUACUUCAGGAAGAGGUUUAGAGACCAGGCCACAGUUAUCAUCUCCCACAUCAAAGCAAACAGAUGCCUCCACAUCAUGUGCAGCAUCCCAGUCUUCUGCUGGAUCCUCUCCACAGUUCUACAGAAGCUUCUGGAACAAACAGAGAAACCAGAGCUGCCUCGGACUCUCACACAGGUGUAUGUCCACUUCCUGGUCGUGCAGGCUAAAGUCAAGAACAUCAAGUAUCACCAGGGAUCAGGGCCAGACCUUCACUGGAUUCCAGAGACCAGGGAGAUGGUGCGGUCUCUGGGGAAACUGGCCUUUGAGCAGCUGCAGAAAGGAAACCGGAUCUUCUACGAGAGUGACCUGAGCGAGUGUGGGCUGGACGCUGCAGCGGCCUCAGUGUACUCCGGAGUGUUCACACAGGUCUUUAGAGAGGAGCCAGGCCUGUACCAGGAUAAGGUCUACUGCUUCAUCCAUCUGAGUGUGCAGGAGUUUCUGGCUGCUCUUCACGUCCAUCAGACCUUCUUCAGCUCUGGAGAGAACCUGCUGAAGCCACCACACUCCUCUGAGAGGCUUGGAUCAAAACUUAGGAUGAUGCAUCUUGGAUUGUUCAAAAUGCCAACAAGAGAGGCAGAAUUCUACUGCUCUGCUGUAGACCAGGCCUUACAGAGUCCAAACGGACACUUGGACCUGUUCCUGCGUUUCCUCCUGGGGCUGUCUCUGCCGACCAAUCAGAGGCUGCUGCAUGGUCUGCUGACUCAGACAGGAAGUGAAUGGACCAAUCAGGAGACAGUACAUUACAUCAAACAGAAGAUGAAUGAAAAGGGUUUGUCUGCACAGGCAAACCUGAACCUGCUCCACUGUCUGAACGAGCUGAACGACCACAGUCUUGUGGAGAUACCGAGAUACAUGACAGAGGGACAUCUCUUUGAGAGGUCCUUUCUCUUACUGUCCUCAGGCUGGGAUGAGUUUGACCUGAGGAGAAACGGUGGCUCAGAAGAAGCUCUCCUGAAGCUACUGCUGAGCGUUAAAUCCUCCACCAAAUCCAUUCUCUCUGGCUGUGGCCUGUCCCCUGACAGCUGUGCUCCUCUGGCCUCAGUCCUCAGCUCCUCCAGUCUCACACAUCUGGAUCUCAGUCACAACGACCUCCAGGACUUAGGAGUGAAGCUGCUGUGUGAUGGACUCAAGCGCACCCCCUGCAGACUGGAGACACUCAGGCUGUCUGGAUGUCUGGUCUCAGAGAGGGGCGGGGCCGCUCUGGCCUCAGCUCUGAGCUCCGCCGCCUCCCACCUCAGAGAGUUAGACCUGAGCUACAACCAUCCAGGACCCUCAGCAGAGCUCCUGACCGCUCUACGGGACCAACGCCCCCUGCUGUCUGUCAGGUUGGAUCCUGCAGGUGAACGUUGGAUGGUCCCUGGACUGAAGAAGUAUUUCUGUGAGCUCACUCUGGAUCGAGAUAUUCCAGACCCAAUACUCAGAAUAUCUGAAGACUGCAAGAACGUGACACUUCUGUACAGCUUUAAGAAGAAUCGUCGAUUUCUGAGUGAUCCUUCGGCUGACAAAAGACAAAUGAUGCAUAAACAAGAUUCUCACUCAGAACACAUUGUGUUGUGUUCCACGGGACUGACCGGGCGCUGUUACUGGGAGGUGGAUUGGGAGUGUGCCGAAAGGAAGGUACAUGGUUCUAGGAGAUUUAAGUAUGCAACCAUUGAUGAUUGUGCUGUUAUAGCAGUGGGUUACAAGGGUCAAGUGCACAGAGAAGACAGGAUUUUUGGAAGUUAUUCUGAGUUCUGGAGUCUGAGGGUUUGUGUUGACAGAUUCUCAUUUUAUCACAAUGACAAACGAAGUCUCGUCAUCCCCCACAGCUCCUCCCUCCCCCACAGCCCCUUCAGCCCUUCAGGUAGAGUGGGCGUGUUCCUGGACUCAGAGGCAGGUUCUUUGUCCUUCUAUCGAGUUCUUUCUGAUGGAAAACUGUCCCAUCUCCACACGUUCUGCUCCACAUUCACAGAGCCACUGUUUCUUGGGUUGAGCCUAAACCACCGUGUGUCAGUGUCUCUGUGCGAGCGUCGUGGAGAGCCGCUCAGGAGGAUGCCGAGUGCAUUUGAUAUGAUGGAAUAUGAUGUAUUUGAUAUGAUGGAAGCAGAUGAAGUCCCUUGGUCACGACGCAGUUCAUUCGAUUUUUGGCUGUGAGUCCGAGGAGCAGACUAGCAUGUUGGAUAUUUACUUCAGGACAGAAUUUGUGUAAAACCGCUCCACUGACCACAAGAGGCUUAGCUUCAGAUCACACUGUGGAGCCAACACAUGGCUCCUGUGCACUUUAAACAGAUUUAAUCCACACACGUUUGUUAGGGCUGAGGCGAGACAGACUUUUCACGAGACGAGACACAAGAAAUCAUUUAGAUCAUCAUUCAGAUUUUUUAUUAUUAUGUUUGUUUGUUUUUACCAUAAUGUACCUUACAUUUUGCACAUUUGCAACCUGCUUUUCUCAUUUUUCUCAAAAUUCUAAAUGAAAAAUUCACCUUGCAAAUAUUCAACUGAUAUACUUCUGAGUCCUCAAGUUCAACAGCUCAGAGCAGUGAGGAUAUACCCUGAUUCAUCAGCCGGUUUCACUUCGUAGAAACCAUCUGACCUCGCAGCAUUAGGAUUCGUUCGCUCAACAGUAGGCAGGUACUUUUUUUAUUUAACCAAUCGCUGCUAUUUGGUCGUGACAUAUGUAAUGCGCCACUAACGGGUCUAACUGGUAUAUUAAGCUUUUCCCGAAUCCCGUAGGAAGAAGGACAAUAACGUCUUUCCUCUUGAUGAAAUUCACUAAACAUUCUUUUUGUUUCGGCUUUAAAUCCUCAAUCUCAGGAAUCGUUGACAAUACUGAAUGUAUGGCACUUUAGGGGUUUUUGCGAACUGUCUAAGUGUAUUUUGAUUCCUGAUUUAGUCGCUGGAGAGAAAUGAAAUUGAGUGGAGACACUAGGUGGCACCAGCCUGACUAGUGGGGAUAGGGGGUAGGUGAAAACUGGAAUUUUCUCAGCGCUUAAGCCUCAAAUGCACGACAAUAAACGAUUAAACAAACAUGUAGAAAUCAUUGAAAAUACAACUUAGUUAACAAUGAGCUAUUUAUUAUAGCAUAGUUUAAACUCAGUGAACAUUAAUGCAAAUUCAAAUAAAUGUGAUAAAGUUUGUGGAUCAGAAGUUUGGAGAUUUCCAUAUUUUCCUAAAGCAUUUUUCUGUACAGCUUUACAAGUUAGUCUGUAAUUUUUCUGUAUAUGGUUUAUAUAAAUGAUUUUUUACAUAUUGCAGUGUACAUUAUCCAUUUACAUUUCUUUAAGACUGUUACUUUUCAGUCUAUCUUUAACACAUAAAUCCAAAGUUCUUCUCUCCACCUUGUGAUGUCAUGUGGUAAACCAGGAAAUAUUAUUGUGUUUUUAAACUCCAUACACUUUCAAUAGAAUCAUUUCGACAAUUUCAGCCCUGGAAUUGCCCAUCUCUGCUGAACUAAAGGUAAAAUGUAGCCGUUAACCCGAAAACUACCACUUCAUGACCUCCCAAGGUGUAACAGAGCAUUUUGAGAGAUCGCUUAGCCGAGCACAAAUAUGUGAUUAGGGUUAAGGACCAGGACUACCCAAUCGUUCACCAUUUUUGUGAAAAUCAUAAUAGCAAUGACACUCUGCUUCACACUGAAGGUACUGAACAUGUGAAACUACUGGCAAGAGGUGGAGACAGACUUCAGAAAUUAAAUCAAAGAGAAGCUUUCUGGAUUCAUAAACUAAGAGCAUGUGAGCAUCCAGGUUUGAAUGAGGACUUUGAUCUGUCCUUUUUUUUUUUUUUUUAUAAAUGUUACAUUUAUGACCACUGUAGGCUGUAUUAUGAUGAUAAUAAUGUUGUUGUUGUUUUAUGUUUUUUUUUUCUUCAUUAUAUUAGUGUGAAUGCCUAUGCGCAUUUAAAUAUGGGUAUUGUGUAUACAUAUAUUUUUUUGCCUGUGCCACGUCCUGUGCUGCUGAUUGUGCACGUGUUUUAUUUGCCUCCAAUCAACUCCAGUCUACUAUUGGUUGGUGUGUUGUACUUAAAGUCCAUGUCCAGGCUCUGUUUUUUAAUUAAGCCCUGAUGAAGACCAGUUAAGGUCGAAACAUGUUGGCUUUGGCCUUUUACUAUAUUUUUCCUCGUGUGAUUUUUACCUUUUUUUUUUUUUCUUCUUUGGAAUGUCUGGAGUCCUGUUGUGUUUGAGUUUUGAUCCUUUUUCCGAGAGCGUCCUCUACCUGCUCCCACUGAUUGGAACACCUGCAGCAAACAGCCACAUUUUAGUUCUUUCUAGAGUAUUUUGAGCUUUGGAGAUGUAGACAGACUAAUGAUAGGUGUAAAUGAAACAAAACACAACUCCAGAUAUGUUUUUGAGAAGGUAACAAUAAAAAAAAAAGUUGUAAAAGUGAUGUAAAUGUUGUCUGUCAGUUCCACCUGUAGUUCCUGAUGUGACCUCUUGGUGGUAGUGUGUCGUUAGAAUCGUUUAAAAUGUUGUACGCGUGUCCUUAGGUGCCACUUUCUCAGUAAAUUAUGCGUGAGUUGUGCAGUCAUUCAAAUGUAAAUCAAAUUAUGUUGAAAUUAUUUCAAAUUGCCUUCAAAACGAAAUGAAAAACUGCUCCAAAAUCAGCUUUUCCUCAGAGACUGUAACCCACACACGACUGCUCCUCACAUACUUGUUUUGUCUGACCUUGUUCUGUUCUGUUAUUAAGUUUAUUAUUAUUAUUAUUAUUAGUAGUAGUAGUAGUAGUAGUAGUAGUAUUAAAUGUAUUGUUGCUAAUAAAAGCAUGUAAAUUGCCAAUAAAUAAAAACAAUCUGGAAAAUCUACAA